CAACCACCCAAACCACGCCCCCUACUCCACCACCUCCCCCCACGUCUCCCUGCACCACAGCAGGAGACUUCAACGCUGCGAGAGCGAUGAUGGACGAGGUGGUGGAGGAGGAGGUGGACGAGGUGAUGGAGGAGGAGGUGGAGGAGGAGGUGGGAGGCCUGCUCCUCUAUCACUGGAGCCAGUCGUUCGCCUCGCAAAAGGUGCGGCUGGUGAUCUGUGAGAAGCGUCUGGCGUGUGAGGAGCGCGAGGUCUGCCUGCCCCUCAACGAGCACAACGAGCCGUGGUUCAUGCGGCUCAACCCGGCCGGCGAGGUGCCGGUGCUGGUGCACGGCAAAGUCGUGGUGUGCCAGGCGGACGCCAUCGUCACUUACCUGGAGGAGACGUUCACGGGCGACGCGGUGCCCCGACUCCUGCCGGAGGCGGGCAGCCCGUACCUGGCCCGCGUGCAGCACUACCGGGAGCUGCUUGACUCGCUGCCCGUGGACACGUACACUCACGGCUGCAUCCUGCACCCGCACCUCGCCAGCCACGGCAGUCUGCCCGCAUUCGCCACGGCACACAUUCGCAAUCAGAUCAUCAACACGGAUGCGGAGCUGAAGAAACUGGCCAGGGAGCAUCCAGAGAUGCGUGACCUCUACCUGGGCAAGCUGCGCCGGUUCAAGUCUAAGCUACUGGAGCAGGAUGACCUGGCACACGUGGAGCGCGUGUUGGAAGAUCUGGACCGGGUUCUGGAUCAGGUGGAGACGGAACUUGAACAGCGCAGCCAGGAGAGCCCAGACACGGAGGCUGGCGGCGAGCUGUGGUGGCUGUGCGGCCCCGCCUACAGCCUGGCGGACGCCUGCCUCGUCGCCACCCUCCACCGCCUCUCCUUCCUGGGCCUCUCGCGUCGCCGCUGGGGCCCCUCGGCGCAGCGCAGGCCGAGGCUCGCGGCCUACUACGAGCGCUCGGCGCGCCGCGAGGCCUUCGCGCGCGUCCUCAGGCCAGCCGACAACGUCCUCCGCUCGGCGCUGAUGCCUGCGGCCUUGAAGGCCGCGCGGCGCCACGGGCCUCGCCUGAUUCUCCGCGGGGCUGCGGCGCUCCUCGCCGGCGCGGCAGCGGCCGCGCUGGCGGUGCUCGUCGCGCGAGUGGCGAGGCGCAGGCUGGCGGCGGCGGUGGCGGUGGUGGUGGUGGGGAACGUCGCGGGUAGGGCCGGGUGAGGUGU